AUGGGCGCUGGUAACGUGCCCGCCUACGCCAUACUCUCGCACACCUGGCUGUCUGGCCAGGAAGUCACCUUCGACGAGUUUACUGGAGGUCUUGGUCGUGACAAGGCUGGCUUCGACAAGAUCCGCUUCUGCGCACAACGGGCUCAGCAGGAUAGCCUACGGUACUUGUGGGUGGAUACGUGUUGUAUCAACAAGACAGAUAAUGUCGAGCUUCAGCAUGCGAUCAACUCCAUGUUUCGCUGGUACUAG